UUGCACGUGUUUAGAGGUUAUGUUAACUCUCUCUGUUAAAACAUCGAAGUGAAAUUAAAAAAAUCAAGAUGAGUACUUCGUUAAAAGAACAAUUACGAAAAUUAGCGGUGCCUCAAUCGUCCGCGAUAGUAAGAAGUAAAAAGCGGGCAUCGAUUCUUUUUACACCCGAAGAAGCGGCAGAAAAAUCAAGAGAAACCGUUUUUGAAAUUGGUACUUAUGGCUUAGAAGAGUUGAUAAAAAGAAAUUCAAACUUUGAAGAAUUUAGAAAUAACUUAUUCCAUGAAACUUACAAAAAUUUUGAAAGAUCUGUUCAUGAUACAUCAAUGAAUGAAAAAUUGGAUAAAAACAUACAAAAAUUUUGUUUGUAUUUGUCUCCGUAUUUCGUACUUAAAGACGCUUGUAUGGCUUUGGAAUGGUUAAUAUAUAGAUAUAGUAUACAAGAAUAUAAUAGAAAUGAUUUUUUAAUGAUGAUGUUGCCUUAUCAUGAGACAAACAUGUUUAUACGAGCUUUGCAAGUAAUCCCAAUUAAAAAUGAAAACGAUAAUUUUGGAUGGUUGAAAAAGCUACAAAAAUCAAGGUUACCUUUAUCAAAAAAUAUGCUGUAUAAUCACGCAUCUUCAAACCCAGCAUUUUUAAAAUCAAUUUCUACUUAUUUAUUAGCCGCUGUUAAGCUUCAUAAUGAACCAGAACGGCUAAAUGUAUUCUUCAAUUUUUAUUGCUUAACAUUUUGCGGUGCCAUUCAACAUACACAAGUUAUUGAUGAUCGUCAUGUUACAUCAAUAAUCCCCGCUUUAUUAAAAGGAUUAAAAAGUGACAUAUCCGAUUUUUUAGCUGGAUCAAUUAUAAUCACAUCUACAUUAAUAUCAAAAACCGGGCUAACAGAAAAAUUAUUGAACAAAUUCAUCGAAUCAAUUUCUAAUUUUAAUGUUACAAAUUUAAAUGAAUCUUGUGUUAUGUUGUUGGUGAAGAUUUAUCAGACUCAAAGCGAUUUUAAAGAGAUUAGUUCAAAUGCUGUUGAAAAAUUGGCUAAUCAAAAAUGGAUUUGUAAAAUUUUGGAAGAUAUUAACCAAAAAUUUUUGAUUGAUGAAUUUUUGAAGGUUCUUUUUAAAGGGAUUUUGAAUAAUUUGGUUGAUAAUGGUGAGAAUGUUGAUGGUAAAUGUGGAUUUUUGGUUGAAAUAUUAAAUGGUGUUGAAUUAAAAGAAGAUAUUGUGAUUUAUUUAAUUGGAUUAAUUUAUGAAUUAAAUACAAAGACAACCUCGAAGUCGAUACAAUCUUGGAUGAAAGAAAUAAUUUUAAAUGUCGAAACGAAAUACCCCAACAUUUUCGACAAAGAAAUUAAUAAACUCUUAAAAAUCAUCCCUGGUGAAGCGUUAUCAAAGGAACAAAAACGUUUUCAAAACGUUUUAGCUUCAAGUGAUAACAACGAAAUUCUUCAACAACUUUAUCAUCCAGCGGCAAGCGUUCGUAAAGAAAGUAUAAAAAAUUUAAUGGCGAAUUCUUCUAAUCUCAAAGAAAGGGAACAAACUUUCUUAAGAGACGCACUUUUGGAUCGAUUAAACGAUGAUAAUCAAGACGUUGUGUUUGAAGCGUUAAAAUGUUCAAAGAAAUUUAUUUCCGAUUUAAUAGACGACGAGGUAUUGGUGAAUAUUUUAGUUAAAGUUUUAUAUAAAUGCCAAGAAAAUGGAGAUGAAUGGAAAUCGGUUGCAAAAUUAUCUUUGCAAAUACUUUGUGGAAUCGGUAAAGAAGACGAUAUGAAUGUUUUUAUUGCUAUUUUUUUGUACUUAUUACCAGUUGAUGAUACCGAGAUGAUUUUGGCUAAAUUAAUUGUUGAAAGUGAUUAUUUUUGUAAAUCAAAAACGUUUUGUAACGCUCAGAAAGAUUUGAUUGGAUGCCAAACAUCCGAAACGUUUGUUUCGAUCGUUUUGGGUUGCAUCAAAUCAUGUAAAAUUAAUAUUUCCGAGCUUAUUGUAGCUUUACAAAAAAUUUCGUCCGAAAAUAAUAGUACUUUGCAUAAAUACGUAACAAGUUUGUUACUUUGUAGCAUAUCACAAGAUGAUUACUCGCCAAACAUAGCUUAUUUAAUCUUAAAAAUAAUAAUGAGCUUUUUGAGCGGGGUAAAAUUAAAAUAUCAAAGCAAAUUUAAAUCGGUUGCAACCGGAAUUAUUUUAGCCCGCAAAAACAAAUUUUCUUUACAAGGAUUUUUAUACUUUUUAGAAACUUUAUGUGUUAAAUGCGUUAAGGUCGAUUUAUGCUUAUUCGAUUUUGGGGCAAAUUCGGAUUCAUCUAAUUUUUUUAUAACAAUCUUUGGCGUGUUAUUGCAAGGUUGUUGCACUAUUAUGAAACAAAAAAUAUCUAAUAUUUACGCGAUUACACUCAAAAACAUUUUAAAUCUUUUUUGUUGCGAUUUAAAAUCAAAAUUGGGCACGUUUUUAAACAUUUCAAUCGCCUAUAAUCCCGAAAUUGAUAACGGCUUAAAAUUGAGGUGUUUGCGAACAAUUAAUUCGAUGUUAGAAUCGACAGAAGAUGUUAAAAUUGGAGAUAAUUUCUUAAUUGGGGUUUUAAUAUGUUUCGGAAACGAAGAAAAAGAAAUUCGGGAGGCUGCGUUUAAUGUAAUUGAGACUUUAUUAAGAUUUAGUUUAAAUGGGGUACAUUUAAGUUUAAUUAAGGGGGUUAAGCGAUAUAAAGAUGAGAUAUUGUCGGAUUAUAAUCAAAUCCCUGUUGUGAUUAAUACUAUCACGGAAGGAAAUGGAAUUUUAAAUCUUUUAUUAAAUGUAAUGAUUAAAAGUGACCAAUUAUACGUGAGAAUCGGUUUAGGUAAAUUGUUGAUGCUUCAUAGUGAUUUAAAUGUUUAUAAUAAAAUCUCCCAGGUUUGUUUAGACAUGAUUAAAAGUGUUGAUGAUGAUUAUAAAUUUAAAUCAUCUGAAUCGCAAUUCAUUAAGAACGUUAUUGAGAAAUUAGAUCAAAAUGUUGCUUCAAAACUAACAUUAGAAAUGAACGUAUUAAAUUUAAUUUCUUUAUCCCUCGAAAAGGAAAAUAUAAAAUUAUUCUUAAACACCUCCGACGUUGUAUUACCUUUCAUUACUUUAUCGAUAAUUGAUCGCGAAACGUUCGAAAAUUUUCCAAAAAAUUUAAAAUCGUUUAUAUUACAAAAAUUAAUCGCGAUAAAAACGAAAUCGCAAAAUCCCGAUGUUGUAGCAUCGGCCAAUAAAACGUUUAAACACAUCGAUUUAGAUUCGAAAUUAAUCUUGGAGUAUUUCAUAAAAAUGCGUGAUGUUCAAUCGCAAAAGAUUUCGGCUCAAAAACGUAAAAGGAGAAUAAGCAUAAUUCCAAGUGUUGAUAUAUUAGAUAUGGUUGAGUGGAGACAAGGUUUGACCGUGUUAGAAUCGAUUCAUGAUAAGAAAAAGAUUCAAAAUCCUUCAAUUUUAUUACCCGUUUUAUUUGAAAUAUUAAAUAAGUGUCUACAAUUCGAUGAACAAUCAAACGUUGAGUACCCAAAGCAAUUAAUAUUAUCUUGCAUUCUAAAUAGUUGUAAACGCGCGGAAGAUCUCCCAGAAAACGUUUUUAGCGUAGAAAUAAUCGUACAAUGUAUAAGAGCGUCUCAAAACCCCCAAACGCAUCAUGAAGCACUUUCAGUUUUAGCCCACACUGCUCAUUUAAUUCCCAACCAAGUUUUGCAUCACAUUAUGGCUAUUUUUACGUUUAUGGGGUCGUCUGUGUUACGAUAUGAUGACGCUUAUAGUUUUCAAAUCAUUAAUAAAAUCGUUGAUACGAUUCUUCCAAUUUUGGUUAAAAAUGAUUCGACGGAAAAUAUCGUUAAAGUUCUUCGCGUUUUUGUCGAUGCCAUUUUAGACGUACCAGAACACCGUCGAAUGCCACUAUAUAAAAACCUCCUCGAAAAAGUCGAUGUUAACCAAAAUUUGUACGUUUUCUUAUUGUUAAUGUUCGAAGCCCACGUAAUUCACGCAAAUAGCGAAAAACAAAAAGCCAAAGAAACAACGAGAGGCGAAUUAAUCGUCCCGAAACGUUUAGAUAUCGCGGCAGAUAUAGCUAGGUUAUUUACAACGGAAAUUGUUAUCUGUAGUUGCACAAAGUUGUUGCAAUACUUACAAAAUUUGCCUGAAGAAAAGGAGGAUUUACCCGAAAAGUUAUUGAUUGAUAUUAAUCAUUACUCACCAAAACAAUUUAGACACUACAAAUAUAUAACGGUAACUUUUAUUUCAUCUUUGUUAUCAUCGAAAGAAUUUGUCCAUAAAGUCGCUAACUUAUCAGAUGAAGCUUUAUUAAAUUUAGAACCGAUUUAUAAAAAUAUGAUUAUAAAUAUCUUAACUUAUAUUCAAAAUGUGGCUAAAACCGUCGAUAAAAAUAUCGAUACCCCACAAAGCCAAUAUUGGAAAAUUAUGUUACAUCAUAAUUAUGAUGUUUUAGAUAGUAUUAAUGCGUUGUUAACACCUCAAAUGUUUUUAUUGGUAGUUCGAGGUCUCUCAACGCACAAUUUAUCAACAGUGAGAAGGAGAGCUUUAGAAUUAAUGAAUGCUAAAUUACAACAUGAUUCAAACUUCUUCAAAAACGCACCAGAAAAUGAACUCCACGCCAUAAUCCCAUGCUUAAUUAACAUCGUUAAACAAACCGAAGAAAAUCUACCAAGCGAAAACGAAGUAAUCAUUCAAACAUCUUUAUUAUCACUAAAAUUAUUAGUAAAGUUAUUAGCCCCCGAAAAUCCAGAAAAAUUCAUCCCCGUUUUAGACUUUAUUAGUAUCCUCAUUAAAUCGGGAAAUGCAAAAGGAAAUAUUUUAGCAUCGACGGUUUUGUGUUUAGCAGAACUUUGUAAUCAACUUCGCGCACAUUCAAUUUCAAAUUUACCCAAAUUUAUGCCAGCUUUAAUUAAAUUGUUGAAAUCUCACAAACACCAAGACGAACCCGAUCUUUUAUUAUUAAGCACAACAACCGCGCUACAAAAAAUAAUCGAAAGCGUACCUUUAUUUCUUAGUUCUUACUUAGAAAAGCUCCUUUUUGAGUUAUCUUUAAUUUCGGCUAAGUGGAAUAAAUCCGAAAAAAUACAACCGUUCGUCACAAAAUUAAUUAACAUUAAAAUUAAAAUCGGUACAACAAUUCCAGCAAGGGUUUUAAUCCCAAUUAUAGAAACAACAUACAAAAAAUUAAUCAGUAAAAAUUCGUACAAAGGAAUAUCUCCUUUAAUGGAAGUUUUAAAUCAAAAAUUAUCAAACAUGGAUAACAUCGAAAUCCAAUCGAAUUUAAAUGAUUUAACUUCAUUUUUUAUGAAUGCCUUACAAUUUCGUUCGGAACAAUUAACACAAUUAGAAGAAACGAAUGAAAUCGAGACUUAUAUAAUAAAAACUUUCGUGACGCUUAUUUUAAAACUUUCUGAAACGAGUUUUAGGCCGCUUUAUUAUAAAAUUUACGAUUGGGCGAUUAGAAGUGAUACAAAAACCGAAAGAAUAAUAACUUUUUAUUCACUUUCAAGUGAAGUGGCUUCAUGUUUAAAGGGACUUUUCGUGUUAUUCGCUGGGCAUUUCUUAAAUAACGCAGCAACAAUCUUAGAUUCAUGCAAUUUAUUGAAACAAACUGAAAUUUAUUUUGAAGACGAACAAAAAUCUUUAUUAUUAUUAGAAAACGUUUUAAAAACUUUGUAUGUUAUCUUUCUUCAUGAUUCGCGAAGAUUUAUCAAUAAAGAACGAUUUGAUGUUUUGAUGCAACCGAUUGUUGAUCAACUUGAAAAUAAUCUCGGUGGUGAAAAUCGCCUUGUUGAUAGAGUUAAAGACUUGGUUAUUCCGACUAUUGUUCAAUUUGCCGUUGCGACUGGUGAUGACGCUUUGUGGAAACAACUUAAUUAUCAAGUAUUGUUAAAAAUGCGUCACACGUCUGCGAAAAUAAGACUUGGUUCGCUUAAAUGCGUAUUGGAGUUAUCUAGAAAACUUGGAGAAGAAUUUUUGCCUUUAUUACCGGAAACUAUUCCUUUCCUUGCUGAGUUAUUAGAAGAUGAAGAAGAGGAAGUGGAAAAAACUUGUCAAAAAACAGUACAAGAAAUGGAAAAAAUUUUGGGAGAACCAUUACAAAAAUAUUUUUAGGAUUAAAACUAGUUUUUUUUAAAUA